UGAGCCACAAAAACGUGGUGAUCCCUCCCCAGCUCCAAAAAAAAGUCAUAGCUGUUGGUUGGUCACUGCCGUCUCUCUCGCAGUCUCUCCCUUUUUCUAGUGUCAAAUCGUACUUCAGCAAUGAGCAUACCGGUUAACCCGAAACCUUUCUUGAACAAUUUGACUGGGAAGCCUGUCAUUGUGAAACUGAAGUGGGGAAUGGAGUACAAAGGUUUUCUUGCUUCAGUGGAUUCAUACAUGAACUUGCAGCUAGCUAACACUGAGGAGUAUAUUGAUGGGCAAUUCACUGGAAAUCUGGGAGAGAUUUUGAUCAGAUGUAACAAUGUUCUCUAUCUUCGUGGGGUACCAGAGGAUGAAGAAAUUGAAGAAGCUGAUAGAGAGUAAGAGGCACUUAAAAGCUGUUCAGUAAUGAGCCUAAGAAAGGCUCCAGUAUGUUAUUUUGUUUCCUUUGAGCCAUAGGGCCUAAGCUGUAUUUUGUAUCCUAUCUAGAGGUCUUCUGGAUGUUCCAUGGCACAUGCUAACCAUGACUUGAAGGACCCUCAUGGAUGUAUCCAGUAGACGAUGCUAAGGUGAGAGUAGUUGGAUGCUCCACAGAAAUAGCACACUUUGUGGACUAGCCCUUUGACUUGAAAUGAACCUAGAUUUCUUCCUUUUCAUUUA